GCUUGUGUUUGAAGCAUUGGAGGGUCCGAAGUCCGAACAAGUACAACCACCACCUCACCUUAAACAUCUCUCUCUUUCUCCCUUAGCGUAAUUUCCAGAGUGAGGAAAAAACCCUAAACCUAAGCACAGAGAAAAAAUCAGCCAUGGCAAGCAUUUCUGCUGCAGCUAACUUGGAAGAUGUGCCUUCCGUUGAUCUCAUGACCGAGCUCCUUCGUCGUAUGAAAUGCUCCACCAAGCCUGACAAACGCCUCAUUCUCAUUGGCCCACCUGGGUCAGGAAAAGGCACCCAAUCACCUAUAAUUAAGGAUGACUAUUGCUUGUGCCACUUGGCUACUGGUGAUAUGUUGAGAGCUGCCGUUUCUGCAAAGACUCCUCUCGGGAUUAAAGCUAAAGAGGCUAUGGAUAAGGGAGAGCUUGUUUCUGAUGACUUGGUUGUUGGCAUCAUAGAUGAAGCAAUGAAGAAGCCUUCAUGUCAAAAAGGUUUCAUUCUUGAUGGAUUUCCAAGGACUGUGGUCCAAGCAGAGAAGCUAGAUGAGAUGCUGAAAAAUCAGGGAGCUAAAGUUGAUAAGGUGCUCAACUUUGCAAUUGAUGACGCAAUCUUGGAAGAGAGGAUUACUGGUCGCUGGAUACACCCAUCCAGUGGUAGAACCUACCACACGAAAUUUGCACCACCCAAGACUCCUGGUGUUGAUGAUGUAACUGGAGAACCUCUGAUUCAACGUAAGGAUGAUACUGCAGCUGUUCUCAAGUCAAGGCUGGAAGCAUUUCACAAGCAAACUGAACCAGUUAUUGGUUAUUAUUCCCAGAAAGGCAUUGUUGCCAAUCUGCAAGCUGAGAAACCUCCCAAAGAGGUCACUGUCGAGGUUCAGAAAGCGCUUUCUUCGUAGAAGGGUCCCUUCCCUUUUCAACUUGGAUGAUUUAUCCAAAAGCUGUAGUAUUUUUGUCCACCUGCAUCCUGAUAGUAUUUUUGUCCAUCUGCAUCCUGAUAUACAAUUGAACCUGCUGAUUUUCCGCUUAUUUUAUUGAAUUUCAAACUGAAAGUACCGGCUGUUGUCAACUCUUGAUAGUUCAAUGAGAGGAGUAACUUGUCAAAUAAGAUUUAUGGAAUCACUUUUUUAUAGCA